AUGAGCAAGACUUUACUCUUCUGUACGGCACAGGAAGCCAAGCCCCUCGCUGCCAAGAUUUCCAAGCAUGUGAAAACCACAGAAGGCUAUGAUAAUGCCCUCGCGGUUGCGAAGUCUCGAAAUGAAGCCUCAGCCGAUGAGAAAUUUGAGACGCCGGACGCCAAUGGCAGCUUCGAGACACAGUGGAUCGGCGCCUCCGUUGAGGACGUCAGGGCUUGGAUGCUGCACCACCAGGAAGAGCUACGCGAGAACGAGGCGGUCGAUGCCAAUCUGAUUGCUAUCCUGGAUGAUCGGAGUGCCAGCGAUGAGACGAUUCAGAUGGACUACUAUCGGGACCGUCCGGGGUUACCUUUCCGUGAGAGCGGCCUGCACCCAGAAGAAGGUGGCCCACCGUACACCGAGGAUGAGAUCCUCCCUCGCAAGUCAGACGCGUGGUACAGCUUUCGGAUUCGAUAUCAACAUUUCCACCAGCUUGUGGCGGAUCUUACAGGGGUUACAUCUGCUGAGGUUGUGUUUCCUUAUUACUUUGGGCGGAAGGACGAAUUCGUAAAUGAGCAGGGGGUUUUUGAUCUAGAUAAAGUUUUCGAUGCUCUAUAA